CCUGACGUCAGGCCGUUGGAGACAAGCAGCGAAGGGCCGUAGAGUAGACCCAGGACGCAGCCAUAAACACAGGGCGACUGCGCCUUUAAGAGGUGGAAAGCGAAACAAUAAACCGUUCUGUGUCAAUGUGCUAACAAUGAAUUUAAUCGAUAUGAUUUUGAUAAAACUCUUCUUUUUAUUUUACUGCAUAAGACGUACUGGAGGUCUCUAUGGGAACCCCCUGAGCAAGUACAUCCAGCACUAUGAAGGCCUGUCGUAUGACACUGACGUUGUGCACAGCAAGCACCAGCGGGCCAAGAGAGCGGUCUCCCAGCAGGACCAGUUCCUGCACCUGGACUUCCACGCUCAUGGAAGGUAUUUCAAUCUCCGAAUGAAGAGGGACACCUCCCUGUUUGCAGAGGAUUUUAAGCUGGAAGUGUCGGGGGAAGAAACGCAUUACGAUACCUCUCACAUCUACAGCGGAGAAAUCCAUGGUGAGCAGGGCAGCCUGAGCCACGGCUCCAUUGUGGACGGGAGGUUCGAGGGCUUCAUCCAGACCCACAGGGGCACCUUCUACGUGGAGCCCUCGGAGAGGUACCUGAAGGACCGGGACGUCCCAUACCACUCGGUCAUCUACCACGAGGACGACAUCGUUUACCCUCACAAGUAUGGAUCAGAAGGCGGGUGUGCGGACCACUCCGUUUUCGAGCGGAUGAGGAAGUACCAGCAGACUGCAGUGGAGCAGUCUCCUAAGGAGACCAAUCAGCUGGUGGAGGAGGAGCGGUCGGACGGUCCGGUGCUGCUGCGGAAACGACGAGCGGCCCAGGUGGAGAAGAACACCUGCCAGCUCUACAUCCAGACUGACCACCUCUUCUUCAACUACUACGCUACCCGAGAGGCUGUGAUUGCACAGAUCUCCAGUCACGUGAAGGCCAUCGACUCCAUCUACCAGAGCACUGAUUUCAUGGGAAUCCGCAACAUCAGUUUCAUGGUGAAGAGGAUUCGGAUCAAUACUACGGCCGACGAGAAGGACAAGUCCAACCCCUUCCGCUUUUCCAACAUCGGGGUGGAGAAGUUUCUGGAGCUGAACUCGGAGCAGGACCAUGACGAAUACUGCCUGGCCUACGUCUUCACGGACAGGGACUUUGACGAUGGCGUUUUGGGCCUGGCCUGGGUGGGGGCCCCGGCAGGAAGCUCUGGGGGCAUCUGUGAGAAGUACAAGAACUACUCGGACGGGAAGAAGAAGUCCCUGAACACCGGCAUCAUCACGGUGCAGAACUACGCCUCCCACGUCCCGCCGAAGGUCUCGCACAUCACCUUCGCCCACGAGGUCGGCCACAAUUUCGGCUCCCCGCACGACUCGGGGACAGAGUGCACCCCGGGGGAGUCGAAAGUCCAGGACCUGAAGGAGAAGGGGAACUACAUCAUGUACGCCAGGGCCACGUCCGGGGACAAGCUCUACAACAACAAGUUCUCCAUCUGCAGCAUACGCAACAUCACCCAGGUCCUGGAGAAGAAGAGGGCAUCCUGCUUCGUGGAGUCCGGCCAGCCUAUCUGUGGAAACGGGCUGGUUGAGGAGGGGGAGGAGUGUGACUGUGGCUACCGGGACCAGUGCAAAGACCAGUGCUGCCAUGACGCCGACACCGAAGGCAAGAAGUGCAAGCUGAUCUCUGGGAAAGUCUGCAGCCCCAGCCAGGGUCCCUGCUGUACCCCUGAGUGCGGGUACAAGUCCAACAUGGAAAAGUGUCGGGAGGAGUCGGAGUGCGCCCAUCAGGGCAUGUGCAACGGGGUCAUCCCGCGGUGCCCCACCUCCGAACCCAAGGCCAACUUCACCGCCUGCCAUGGAGAUACCCAAGUCUGCCUCAACGGGGGCUGCUCAGGCUCUAUCUGUGAGAAGUACAGUCUGGAGGUGUGCACCUGCGGCAGUGCGGACGGGAAGGACGAGACCGAGCUGUGCCAUGUGUGCUGCCAGGAGAGGAUGCAGCCCAACACCUGCAAAAGCACGGGCUCAGAUGAGUGGGCGCGCUACUUCAGCCGGAGGGUCAUCACCCUGCAGCCCGGCUCCCCCUGCAACGACUUCAAGGGCUACUGCGACGUGUUCAUGAAGUGCCGCCUGGUGGAUGCCGACGGGCCCCUGGCCAGGCUGAAGAAGGCCAUCUUCAACCCCGAGCUCUACGAGAACAUCGCCGAGUGGAUAGUGGCUCACUGGUGGGCUGUGCUGUUGAUGGGCAUUGCUCUCAUCAUGCUGAUGGCUGGCUUCAUUAAGAUCUGCAGCGUCCACACCCCCAGCAGCAACCCCAAACUGCCCCCGCCCAAACCCCUGCCUGGCACGCUGAAAAGGAGGCGGGCCCAGCAGGCCAGCGCCCAGCCCCAGCCCCAGCGCCACCGCCAGCCCAGAGAGAACUAUCAGAUGGGCCAGAUGAGACGCUGAGGCCUCCGGCCGCUCUUUGCCUUUGGUUCUUCCUUGUGCCUACAGCGGGAAAACUUCACUCCAAAGAAUUACCUGCAGCGUCGCCCCUCCCCCUCCAUCCUCCAGCUAACGAGCGCAGCCCGUUCCUAACGGAGAUUAAUACCUUAAAAAAAAUCUAUUUUAAAAAUAAGAAAAAAAAAAAAAAGAGAGAAUUAAAA